UGGAAAUUGCAUAAAAUUAAACUUGAGCCUUGAACCUGAUACCUCGCCUCUAUUGCUUAAUGUGCCUGUUACGCUUUAUUACAUCGCUACAGUCAAUGUGACUGUGGCGAUGAAAACAUAUAGCUACAUCACGUAUGAUGAAGACGAUAUUCUCUAAUAGUGUACCGUGCAACGUUGUUAAAACAGAGUUUCAUUCUGUGGAUCCGCAAGAAUGUUGCGCGAAAUUGUUCUCACGUGCGUUUUCGCGCUGCUCGCAGCGCACGCUAUUGUCGUUCGGAAUUCGAACCCGGACAAUGCGGAAGCGAAUUAUCGGCUUCCGAAUCACACGAAACCGCUGUUCUACGAUCUCAAAUUGAAUCCGCAUCUGGUGCCAAAUAAUUUCACAUUUGACGGCGAGGUGUUCAUUCACAUUGAGAUUACGAAAAAAACGAACACUUUGACGCUUCACGCGAAAAAACUGCUGAUAGACGAGAACAAAUCUUUUCUGAAAGCCGGACUUGAUUUCUACGUUCCUUUCGCUCACGUUCGCGACAAUUCGACCGACAUGUUGAACUUACACUUCGAUGAGAAGCUUGUCGCCGGAUAUUACGUUUUGCACUUGAAAUUCUCGGGCGUGCUGAGCGACAGGCCGUACGGAUUCUACAGAAGUUCUUACGUUAACGACGCAGGAAAUGCAGCAUGGUUUGCCGUCACAAAUUUUAUGGGAACCGACGCACGCGCCGCUUUUCCCUGCUGGGACGAGCCCGCGACGAGGGCUACUUUCAAGAUCGCUAUCAAGCAUCACCUCAAUCAGACAGUCGUUUCAAACAUGCCGGUUUUCGAACGGUCGAAAAUCGACGAGAGCGACGGAAAAAUCUGGACGCAUUUCGAGAUGUCGCCCGUCAUAUCGACGUACUCGGUCGGUUUCCUGGUGUCCGAUUUUCGUAACAUAAGCAAUUCCGACGGAACCGUUAGCGUUUGGAGUCGAGGCAACACAAUUUCCUCCGCGAAUUUCGCACUCGACGUAGCCGGGAAAGCGGCGAUCGAAUUGGAAAAAUACACCAACGGUUCCGUACGAUUGGCCAAAAUCGAUCACGUUGCGCUUCCCAGUUUUCACAUCAGAACCACGAAAAGUUUGGGUCUCGUCACCUACAGAGAAGCUAUGAUGUUGCACGACGGAAACAGUCCCAUUGAUCGAUUGUACAGAAUCGUGGAAAAUAUAGUUCAGCAGACGACCUAUCAGUGGUUCGGUAAUGUCGUCAGCCCGUCCUGGUGGACCAGCAUAUGGUUAAACGACGGACUGGCUGAAUACUUCUCGUAUUAUUUUGCCGACAAGAUGUACAAAGAUUGGCGAUUUAUGGAAUGGUUUUCGGUGAAAACACUAAAUCUGAUAUUGAUGACCGAAAGCUUCAGGAACGUAGAACCUCUUGACUUCGUGCCCACCACUGUCGAAGAAAUUGACUCGAAAUUUACACAAAAUCUUGACAAACACAAAGCUGCUCUGUUCCUGCGGAUGCUGUCACACUGCGUUUCCGACGACGUAUUUCACGCAGGACUUCUCAAAUAUCUCAAGAUGCACGAGUACGGCGUAGCGGAUCCCGAGGAUUUGUGGACCGCUUUGCAAGAUACACUCGACGAAUCAACAGUUUCGAUUAAGUUCCAGAUCCGAGAAGUAAUGAACUCGUGGAUCAGACAGAAUGGAUAUCCGCUUGUAACGGUGAUUUCAGACACUCUUACCAACAGAACGACCAUCACGCAAAAUUAUUUUCAACCGUACGAAAAACUGAAUACGCACGAAAAUAUCAUCGACGCGGACAAUGCGAACAAAAGGUGGUGGGUUCCGAUCAACUUUGCAACUCGUAGCAAUCCGAAUUUCGCAUCAACCUUGGCCACGCACUGGUUAUCGCCGAAUGUCAAGGAGCUCGUGAUCGAAGACAUCGAUCCGGAAGAUUGGAUAAUAAUUAAUAUUCAGCAAACAGGUUUCUAUCGCGUAAAUUACGACACGGCAAACUGGUUGAAAAUCGCUGAUUAUCUGGAUUCUGAAAAUUACACAAAAAUACACGUGCUGAAUCGCGCCCAAAUAAUUAACGACGCGAUUUACUUAGUGUUGUCGGACAAGUUGGAGCCGAGACUCUUUAUGGAAAUCACAAGAUACCUGCAACGCGAAACUGAUUACAUAGCGUGGUAUCCGUUAUUUGAAAUUCUUGAGAGCGCCGGCAAGUAUUUCGCUUAUAACGGCGCGGGCAAACUGUUUGAUUCGUACGUUUUCGAUUCGAUGAACAAUAUUAUAGACAGUGUGGGUACGCGAGAUCGCUCGAAUGACGAUUACAUCACAAAACUGAUACGACACAGGAUUCUUAAAAAAGCGUGCGCCUUCGAUCAUCCUACAUGCUUGCGAGAGGCUCAUGAUCAAUUAAUCGCGUAUUUGGAAAAUUCAAUGGCGAACAAUUCUCUACCCUCGUACAAGAAGGACUGGAUAUUUUACAACGGCAUAAAGCUUGCAAAUGAAACCACGUGGAAUAAACUCUUUUACAUGUAUCAAAAUCACUCCGAGCCGCUCGUUUACUGUCUUGGACAAUCCAAGAACGCAACUAUUAUCGAGAAGUUUUUAAAUACGACCAUAACGGAGGAUCCACUAGAACCGAGAGAUAUCAUUCGUGUGCUCUAUUCCGUAUUAGAUGGAGGUUAUCCCAAUAUCGACAUUGCGAUGGAGUUUGUCAUAAAUCACUGGGACAAGCUUACAACCAUAUUUACGGAUAAUGUUACUGAGUUGUUAUAUAAUGUGCAUUGGAAUCUCGUUUCUAGAGAACAUAUUCAAAAGGCAAAAGCAUUUCUAUAUAGUCGGAAAAUAGAAAUCCCGAAGUUCAUAAAACUUCAAGAGCAGAAUUUACCCAUGAUAGAAUCAGCAAUAAACAAUAUUCGCUCAUGGUUAGAACACAGAAGUUCACACUUGCCUGAAUAAAAAAUACCCUCGUCGCAUUAGAGAUAUCUGUCAUCUUUUUUUUUUCGAUAAUAUAAAUAAAACCAAAAAGUUAUAAUCGA